AUGGAGCCUUCGCCACAAGAAAAAGGCCGUCGUGGAACAAAAGCCGGGGAUGAGGAAUUCGUUCUGUAUCUCCAGGGUAUUCCUGCACACUGCCGCUGGCAGGAGCUCAAGGACUUUGUCCGCCAGACGGCGCUCCAUAUUCGUCAAGCCGUGGUUUAUGAUGACCAGCAUGGUUAUCCGACUGGGAUAGGCCAGAUCAUUGUCAAGAACGAGGAUGAGGCAUGGCGUACUUUCCGAAAGCUGUCUGCGAAUGGAUGGAAUGGGCAGGCCCUGACGGUCACUCUCGCAAGAGCCAGCUCUCCAACGAUGCCCAUAGCAGGGCCAACACGAAGCCCCUCGACAACAGCACAAACGCUGUCAUUUGGUGCGAAUGUCUCUAGAAACCCAGUCACCGAGACUCCAGCAUCGACAUCAUCCGUGACCCCCGACCCCUUGGCAACACCUUCUCCAUCAAGCUAUGCACCAUUAGUACCGAUAGCACUCAUGAAUUACGCGAAUAUGACCCCAGCAUCGCAAGCAAUGCCUACCACCAUGUCCGCCGGAUAUCUUCCGGGUCCCUGGACGGCCAACCCCGAAGCUCACCCCUUCUCACCCACCGCCACCAUGUUCUCACCAUCCUUCAGCCAAAUCGAAUACCCCUACUACCCAAAUACCCUCCCAGUAACCCAGCAACACAUAUACACAGGCGGAAUGGGCCCUGCGUUACAACCUCCUCCACUAUUCAUCCACGCACCCCCCUACUUCCACCAUCAUCAGCCAAGUUACCAUCCCCUUCCAUGUACUUUCGAAGCACACAAAAGCCCUCUUUAUCCAACUUCAAGCUCCUACGCCAACACAAUCCCCCGGACAUUCCCAUUCCCGCCGAUAUCUACCGUCAUCAUUGAUAACCUCCGACCAGGGGUGGAUGUACAAACCCUCAAGACGCAUUUCCGUGGAAUCGGCGUCAUCGAACACUGCGAGAUCACUCCAUACGACAGCGGUAAUGGUCAGCAUCAGCAGAUACACCAUAGUUCAGGGCCCGGUCACUACGCAACGGCGACGUUUCAGUCCGCCGAUGAGGCGGAGCGAGCAGUCCUCGCGUUCAACGGGACCAUGCUGGCUGGGAAUCAGAUUGGUGUGCGUUUGGAUCUGGAAGGCAGUAUUAUGGCCCCUCUGCCUGCUGUGGUGGAAAUAGAAGACUGGUCUUCCUCAGCCACAGCAUCGCCAUCGUACUACCAGCACCAUCAUCAACCACCACCGCCACCAGCAUCCUCAUCCUUCCCAGGUGAAGGAUGGAACAUGUUUUCCCCGUCUACCUCGACCACAUCGACAUCAUCAUCGUCGACAAUUGUCGCGCCAUCGUCUUUUUCAGUAUUAGAUUCCCAACUCGAACCGGGCUCAAGACUCCGACGAGAUUCCGGCAAGGAAUUAGUUCAUAACGAAGGCCCGGACGAGAAAGAAAAGCCCGAGCCUUCGACGACAACGACAACAACAAUGAUAAAAGAAUCUAGUAAAAAGUCCCACUCCUAUUCAGCUUCUUCUGCCAUCGCGAACGCAGCGUCAACUGCAGAAUGUGGUACUACCAAACAUCAACCCCUGGUCGUAAACGGGUCGAUGACAGGGCGCGCGAAAAUGUAA